AUGGCUGCUACUGGAUUAUCAGCUGGUAGUUUCCUCGUCUUUAACAAUGUGAAUAGUGUUGAAGCUUCUGAUGGUACUGCUAUUCCUCCAGCCCAACCAUGGCCACACAAGGAACUCGCUGGUUCUUUCGAUGCUGCCUCCAUUAGAAGAGGUUAUAAAGUUUAUAGAGAAAUCUGUAGUGCUUGCCACGGUAUGAAUGAAAUUGCUUUCCGUAAUCUCAAUGUUGCUUUCACUGAUGCUGAAAUCAAAGUUUUGGCUGCUGCUGUUGAUGUUGAAGGUGAACCAGACUCCCAAGGAGAACCAACAACUCGUAAGGCCAAGGCUUUCGAUUACAUGCAAUCACCAUACAAAAACGAACAAGCUGCUAGAUCUAUGAACGGAGGUGCUUUGCCACCAGAUUUGUCAGUCAUUGUCAAGGGUCGUCCACAUAAUGAAGAUUAUAUUUUCUCAUUGUUGACUGGUUAUGAGGAUGCUCCUGCUGGUGUUUCUUUGAGAGAAGGUCUCUAUUGGAAUGCUUACUUCCCAGGUGGUGCUAUUGGUAUGGCUCCUCCACUCUCUGAUGGUGCUAUUGAAUUCGAUGAUGGUACUCCAGCUUCAGUUUCACAAAUGGCUAAGGACGUCAGUACAUAUUUGACUUACUGUGCUGCUCCAGAUACUGAACCAAGAAAGAAGAUGGGUUUGAAGGUUUUGGCUUCAUUGUCACUUGUUAUUGCUCUCUCAUGGGUUCACAAGAGAUUCAAGUGGAGUACUAUUAAGAAUAGAACUGUUAUUUUCAGGGAAUAA